AUGAUGCAGACGAAGCCGUCGUCGCUUGUAGGUGAUGGCUGCAGCUAUGGGACGUGCGGUCUCAUGCAGCUGUCACCACAGAGGCUGCCUACCCCAUGCUCGGGUGGGACAGCGUAUGUAUCACGAUAUAGAAAAACGCUGUCACAUUGUGGACCGCUCAUGUUUUUGUUCCUCCUUUUCCUGGUUUGUUCGAUAGCGCUGGAUGCUGGAGUGAGUACCCGCGUUGGAGCGGUCCUGAGGCGUGCCAUGCGGCACGACAUUCUUCGGUCAAGAAGUUUUCAGGCGCCUCCGCCUGUAAGAGACCGCAGUGUGGCGCAGGAGGGGAAUGCAGUGUCUCCAGAAUACCGCGUUGUGAACCUUUAUGUAGUAGCGGACGAUGGGACGACUGUCGCUCUACCGUUUGUCCAUUCUGGGGAAUGGAGCACCGCUGCCGCCACUCCCGGUGCGGCCGAGACUGACAGCACCUUGAAUGCGCUACGCGACAGACUUCCUAUAGCGCAGCACUGCCUCGUUUUGCUCAUUAAUCUGGUAGUAGUCUUCGGACUCCGGGAUGUGUUUCGACUAUAUAUGCGCCAUCGUAAAAGGAAGAGGGCACGCGCGAUUCAGCAGCGAAACCAGAGCGUACGCGAGUUACUGAUGGAUCGUGCGUCUUCUGUUAAACAACAGCUGAGACGUAUCGCGGUGGAGCUUGCAGAGACCGAUGCUACUGAAAGAAAGAUGAAGACCGCCUCAUCGAAGCGUUAUGGCUUCAGUGAAACAGACAUCGAAAGGGGCACGAAUGGUAAAGAGGAAGGAAAGACAGAGCCAGGGGUGGCGCCCAACACAGGUGACCCCUCCCGCUCUGCACUAGAGAGGACGGCACCACUGGCCAAGGAAAACAAUAAGAAGGAUCCCGUGGACCGAAACCGUUUGAUCCGUCGGACUCAGAGUGCACUGGAAACACUGCGCCACAUUCGACAGGAACUUCACGUUGCCCAUGGCGAUGCAUCUGUGUUGUACGUUGAGGCCCUGUUCCGCUCCGCACAAAAAUUGUUGAAGCGGGCUCGGGGAGCGUCCCGGAGACUCCGCGUACCGCGAGAAGUGGAGCCAGAAAGCGAGAUGGCAGCAGAUGAGGGAAGCAGCAGUAGCGGGGACUCUGGUGCUCUUGCGCCUCUGCCUAGCGUUAGAUCGGAUGACUGGGCGUAUCGGACAGAAAGCGAGGAGUGGGACGAUGGAUACCCCCGGGUCGGUCGCGUGUACGUUGGGGCUCUUGGCACGUUUCGUAACGAGAGUCAGGCACAGUAUCAGACUGCCGGUGUGCCCUACGCCGCGCUGGAACAUGAACAAUUGCAGACUGCAACAAAGCAGAAAGGACUCGAAAAAAUUCGCCUAGUGGAACGAGUACUGGAAAAACGGGGAGAUAACGAACAAGAAGUUGUGCCCCUGCGUCCACGGAGACGCCGGAGCAGCGAGAAGGCUAAGCGUUUAGUUCAACUCAUGAAGGAUAAUCCGGGGCUACUGCCGGCAAAACUCCUGAAGCUUGCCGAGAAAUUAGACUCCGAUAAAGAGUAAAGCUGAAGGAACUACGCAGCUGCAGAUGCACGUUAAUGUGGGAUGCAUUGCACUCGGAUUGUCGCAGUCCGCUGCCUCUAGAAAGUCGCUGCUGUGCGGGUAUGAUCUGGUAUCACGUCACUGUUCCGACAAGACACAGAACGCCUUCGCGCUUCUUGUCAAUGCUGGGGUAGCGGGGAAAGUGUGCGCUAUGCACACCGUGAAGGUAUUCAUGCAAUUCAUUUCUGUACACUACGCCCAAGGCGCUUCUUGUCAAACAUUUGCAUGGAGAGAGAACAUACCGCAAACGGAAAGCGCGUUUGGUCGAGUACGGCACGUCGCCGGACACUAGGUGGGCAGCACGUAAAUUGGGACUAAGGCUCUUUCUUUUGUUGGUGUCAUUUUGAAAGACUCAUGGACCACAAGUGUGAACCAGACGGCAACAGUGUAUGCUGGGUGGACGUGCUAUAUUUCUCGCAUAGAGGCGGUAUUGUUUAGGUCCACAGCACGGGGUUGGUAAACAUGUGUGUCUCGUGUCCUUUGCCAAUGAGUUGCUCAUUUUAUCCAGUUUCUCUGAUACAGGAGGAACUGAACGUUUCGUCCACAUGUGCAAAUGUCCCGUGCGUGCUCAAGAGAGAUGACCCCGCAGCUGCUGAGUUCCUCUGUCAGUGGGCGUCUCCAUUUCGAGACGACAAUGAACAUGCACCGGAACAGAGUGUCAUUCUCCGGAAUUCUUGACUGAGGACCACAGUCUACCAUUGGAUGAAUUGCGUUCUACGGUGUAUGAGAGUCGACGUGUAAAUAGUUGCGCUUCCCGUCUUCCUGUUUCAAUAUUAAAGGCUCAGGUGAUUGUAUACUUCUGCGCAUGCAAGUUAUGACGUACACUUGCAUUGGUGCAGCCGCAUCUGUAGGACGGUAUGUGCUUUGUUUUCAUUAGCCGGUCUUUAUUCCCCAAACUUGCCGUUUCCAGACUCAUGGCAAACCAAUAUAUACUUUUUUAUACAUGGGCAGAAAGUGGUAUUUUGUUCACCUGUGUGUCCCG